CUGUUGCAAAUUGAGUUUUGUACCAAAAUAAUCUUCUUCUUUUUUCUUUUAAUAAUUAUGAAGAAGGUGAUGAAGAACAAAGAACAAGCAUUUGCUGACAUGAAUGAAUGAAGCUUUCCCACUUUCUUGUUUUUUCCUAUAAAAAUCAAUCCUCGUGAAUGAAAACGCCUUACAUUCACAUGCCCAUAACCCACCGCCUUGUUCGUCAUCACUCACAUUUUUCACUCUUUUUUCCCCUUUCUCUCUGCUUUUGAUCCGUCUCCUCUUUCUGAGUUUUCCAUUUAUUCUCCUUUCCCUUUCUCAAUUUUCUUAUUUUCAUCAUUUUAUUAUCUGGGUCUCUCUCAUUUUACUGUCUUUCAGAAUUUUCAGUGAGAUAUGGCUGCGAUGGAUUCCUGCUUUGUGUCUUUGAAAUCCGAUACCCAAUUGAUGAAGGGUAAUUGGGGAGGUUUUGAUCGUUGUGAGAAUAGAUUUUUUGGUGAGAAAGUUAGAGGAGGUUUUAGUGAAAAUGUUUGGAUUAGGAGUUUGAAAUCUGAGAAGAAAGCUUUGAAGCUUACCCCAAAUGUUACUUAUGCUGUGGCUACGCCUAAUGUUUCAAAGCAGCCUAUGACCAUUCAAGUUCCAACAGUUCCUAAAGUAAAAGCGAAUCCCAAAAAUGUUGCUUCAAUCAUAUUGGGAGGGGGUGCUGGGACUCACCUGUUUCCCCUUACUAAAAGAUCAGCAACACCCGCUGUUCCAGUUGGAGGAUGCUAUAGGCUUAUAGAUAUUCCAAUGAGCAACUGCAUCAACAGUGGGAUCAACAAAAUAUUUGUGCUUACACAGUUCAACUCUGCUUCUUUGAAUCGUCAUAUCGCACGGACAUACUUUGGAAAUGGUGUCACUUUUGGAGAAGGAUUUGUGGAGGUUCUUGCAGCUACACAAACAUCUGGGGAAUCUGGUAUGUACUGGUUCCAAGGAACUGCAGAUGCUGUGAGACAAUUUAUUUGGGUAUUUGAGGAUGCCAAGCACAGAAAUGUUGAGAACAUUCUAAUUUUGGCAGGGGAUCACAUGUACAGAAUGGACUAUAUGGACUUUGUUCAGAAUCACAUUGAUCGCAAAGCUGAUAUUUCAAUCUCGUGUGCAGCUGUGGAUGACAGCCGCGCAUCAGACUACGGAUUGGUGAAAUUAGAUAGUAGAGGUCGAAUUAUCCAGUUUUCUGAAAAGCCAGAGGGUGCCAAUUUGAAUGCAAUGCGAGUGGAUACAACUCCAUUUGGUCUGUCUCGGGAGGAGUCAUUGAAGUCUCCUUACAUUGCAUCAAUGGGAGUUUAUGUUUUCAAAACAGAGGUUUUACUAAACCUUUUGAAGUGGAGAUAUCCUACAUCUAAUGACUUCGGCUCUGAAAUCAUUCCUGCAGCUAUAAAGGAAUACAAUGUCCAAGCAUUUAUGUUUAGAGAUUAUUGGGAGGACAUUGGAACAAUAAAGACUUUCUAUGAUGCAAACAUGGCCCUCACGGAAGAGUUUCCUAAGUUUGAAUUUUAUGACCCCAAGACACCGUUCUACACGUCUCCCCGGUUCUUACCGCCGACCAAGAUCGACAGAUGUCAGAUUGUCGAUGCAAUAAUCUCACAUGGAUGCUUUUUGAGAGAUUGUAGUGUCCAACAUUCAAUAGUCGGUGAACGGUCAAGAUUAGACUACGGUGUUGAACUUAAGGAUACAAUAAUGAUGGGUGCAGACAAUUACCAAACCGAACUUGAAAUUACAGGUCUGCUAGCAGAGGGAAAAGUCCCUGUAGGGAUUGGACGAAACUCGAAAAUCAAGAAAUGUAUAAUUGAUAAGAAUGCAAAAAUCGGAAAGGAUGUUAUCAUUAUGAACAAAGAUGGCGUCCAAGAAGCAGCUAGGCCUGAACAGGGAUUCUACAUUCGGUCGGGAAUCACCAUUAUAAUGGAAAAGGCAACAGUCGGAGAUGGCACCGUUAUAUGAACAGAACUCAGAAUCCUAAAUCUUGGUUUUGAAGACAUGGUAGAGGAGGGAGGAAAAUGGUGUGAAGUUGGUUUUCAUGAGACUGCCUAAACUGUGGCAGCUGAAGAAUCAGCAAUUGUAGCUGAGAAAAAGGAGAAAGGAUUUGAGUAUGGAGAUUGAGUUUAAAGCUUCUUUUCAGAAUCUUUAGAGAUAGCUUUUAAGAGGUUUGAUGAAGUGGAAGUUCCACAUGGGGAAGAGAUUCUAAAUCUUUAGUGUAAUUCUGUUCAAUAAGAAUUGGCUACACACAGCCAGAUUAGUAAGGUUAUGUUAUGUACAUAGGAAUUGUUAUGUUGCUGUAUUAUCCAUAAUCAUUUACUUCUAUAAGUUGAUUGGUAUUUGGUGCACUUCCAAGUUUCAAGAGUUGGGAGAGUGUUCAAAUUGUAAUCAACAUCAAGAUCUUUGAUUAAUGGCAUCUGAAUUCAUAUAUUUCACAUUUUGUUAUUA